CGGACACGUUUCUCCUGGGGUGGAAACUUUAGUUGUGGGUAGUGGAGUGCUUCCAAAAGCUACGUUGUUAUAUUGCUAUUUACAGUUUUUUGUGGGGAUUUGAUUUCGAUCUAAUUGAAUGUAUACAACAAUAAUGAGAGGGUCAAAGAAGAUAUGAUGAAUAUGUUUUGAACCAUGGAGGAGGCUCAAGCAGCAGGAUCUGUAGCUUCUGGGAACACAGAAGAGGACUGGCACGUAUACGAGGUUCUUUGUAAAGAUAUAAGGAUGGAUGACCCAGGUGACGUGGAUGUAACAACCUCCUUACGUAGCGAGAUAGCUGCCCUACAGUAUAAGCGUGAUCGAUUGCAGACAGACCUAGAAGAAAUGCGUUCCCAGGUCCGGUCACGUGACCAACGCUGCUUGGAGUUGCAAGCUGAAGCUGAGCAGCUGCGAGAGCAAUCUGCUAGACAGGGGGCAAUAGUAGCAUCAUUGAAAAAAAGAGUGCACGAACUGGAAGAAAGAGAAAGAGCAUGGCAUGCAGAAAGAGGAAGACAAGAAAUGCAGAUGCAGACAGCGAUACGGGAAGUGAGGUACAAUGAAGAAAAAGUCAAGGAACUAGAAGCUAGAGUGAGGAAUCUGGAGAUGGACUUGAGCGGCGAAGAGCAAAAGAAAGAAUCGGCUCGAUUACAGCUUCAGGACUUUGUACGAAGGUUGUCAAUCGCACUUGGGGCUGAUAUAUCGGACUAUUCACAUGUGUCUCCAGAGACGUUGGUCCAUAAAGCUACUGAGCUAGUACAGGAAACUUCUAGAUUGAAGUCAAAAUCGCACAAUCUUGACGACACCCUCAGAACGCUAGAAAUGGACCUAAGAACUUGCAGAGAGAACCUAGAAAGAACCAUUGCUGACAGAGAAAGUCUCCAAAGACAAACCGCGUCUCAAAUUCUCGAGAUUGACAGACUGAGACAGGAGAAGGAGUCUUUGGAAAUGCAGCAGCGUGUGAUAGAGAGAGAACUGAAUGAGCUAAAGGAGAAGUUAUCUCUUACUAACAGGACUUUAGGGAACGCUACAGGGAGCAUAUCUCAACAGGAAUCUAUGAUAUGUCAACUUAGAGAUGAAUUGAAAGCGAAAGAUGAGAGAAUCCAACGUCUUCAAGCAGAUAAUAAACACACCUUGGAGUCACUUGCUAUAAUUCUAAGCACUCCAUCUAGGUUCGUCGACUCUUUAGAAUCGUCCCUGAAAGAUCGAAUCCACGAGAUCCUUGACGAGAAUAAGGAAAAAAAUGCACAAGUGGAAUCCCUUCGUGAAAAACUGAACCACGAAACUCAGCAACUAGCCAGGCAGCUAUCACUGUGCGAACAAGCAAAUCAGAGAAUUAGAGCCCUAGAAGAGGAGAAAAAUCACAUGGAAGCAAGACUUCACAAAGCUGACACUGAGAUAACUGCUUGCGAGCUCCACAGAGAUGGUCUUAAGAGAGAUAAGGCUACAUUUAUGAACUUCCUCGAUCGGCUUGCAAGAGCUCUCAACAUGGAUGAAAUAUCGCAUGACCUUGGUGUGGAGCUACACACAGAAUCGUUAUUGAUGAGGGCGGAACAACUAGCUAGACUAGAGAGUGAGAAGCUGGUGGAUAAGACUGCAAUGGUAUACCAACUUCAACGCAGAGUACGCAACCUGCGAGAGCAGCUCCAAAGAAAAGAGUUGCACCUAGAUUUGCUAAGAAGAAAGCUGUCUUUGCAAGAGGAUACAACAAAAGCCAAGUGCCUCUUGCAGCAGGAAAGAGACGAAGCAAAUGUUAGAGUAAAGAAGCUUGUGAAGCAAGUCGAUAGGCUUCAACUCCAGCUGGCCGAAGCUAAGAGCCAGAUCAGGGAGUUGAAUUCACAGCUUGCUGAAGCUGCCGAUUAUAAGAUUACCGCAUUGGAAAGAGGCAGAAAAAUAGAGGAUCUGCAAAAGCGACUGAUUGAAUCGGAGGCAUUGAGAACCAAGUACAACAGAAAAGUACAGCUACUAAAAGAUCAGGUUCGAACUACAGGAGAGACUAUAGAACAAGAACGAACUAUCAACGAGCAUUCAAUUCAGCUACUGCGUGACGAACUAGCCCGUAUCAAAGAAACCCUAGGUGAAGUGCAACGUAGAGAAGCUCAGUUACAGAGCUUCAAACACUCAAUUGCGAAAAUCUUAGGAGCGCCCAUGCCCAUGCCAGACUACGAACUUAUAUCCAGAUUGCAAAAGCUAGUGGAUGCACACCAUGACUUCACUUUGGUUUCAAGACGAUACGACGACCCAGCGUUAAGGCUAACAGCCAGGAGUCCUACUCUAGGUAGCAGAGGAGCGAGAACGCCUGACAGAAGCCUCAGUGUUUCUUGGAUACCCUAUAUAUUAUUCUGCAUACGGCUGUCGCGAUAUGCAACAUAUGCUUCCUGUUAACACCAUGUACGUGUAAUAUUGAGUACAUCAUAUUGUUAUUGUUAUGUCAUUGUUGUUGUUGUGAUCGUGAUCUACCAAUACUCAUUGUCAUUAUUGUUUUACACUAUGUGAAUAUAAUAUUAUUGUCUGUUGAUUUGUAAAUAAAGAAAUCUCUUGUAAAC